CCCUAGUUAUUCCUUAACAGACAGUGGUAGACGCUGUUGCUUCCCUCUUCGAGACUGUCAUGAAUACGGCGUAUUUUCUCGUUUUCUGGGUGCUCCUGGCCACAAGUUACGGGGACGUGUGGCAGAAAAGUGGGGAUUUUUAUAUACACCAGGGAAAUGUGUCGACACAACUGAACUGGUUCCAUUUCUCAGCAUUUUGUAUGCGGAAUAGUUCCAGUGUCAAUUUUGAAUUUUCAUUCCCAACGUCUUAUAGCCCGGAAUCUCUUUACCUCUACCCCGUCAAUGAUUCUACAUGGGAAGACAUAAAGAAAUUACAGACGUGCGAGGAAAAGACCUCCACUGCCGAUCCACAGGCUAACAACAUCAUCCCGCUAUCACCAAGUUCACCAUGGUCUGGGUGUAUGGAGAGAGGCGAUGACAUUAGCUGCGUUCUCGGCCGAACCUUCAGGUCCGUCAGACCACAGUGUUGGAGAUUUGUGGUCGCAAAUUGCAACUCUACACAGGGCCUGCAGUUAAAUUUCAAGCUGAAUAUUACUGACGGCGAUUACCCUGUUUUCCCAACAAGAGCACCAAUGACAUCUGGAGUUACCUCAGAAUCAGCCUGGACAUUUACUGUUAUUGUGUAUGGCUUAGGGUCUGUCUUGGCAUUCAUGAACAUGAAAUUAUAGUUUAUCGAGGCGGCAUUUGUCUAAUUGGAGCCAAAAUAGAGCAUUUGGAAACGUGUUUAAACUUACAGCGUUAUAGUUCAUGAGAUACCUGUUACAUGACAGGGACAUAUGUCAUAUCACGAUUUAAUAGCAGAGACAUGAAAAAUUUUGGUGUUUGCUUUAUAGAGAAGUAUUCGAGAGCCUUUAAGUUUUUUUUAAAAUAAUUUCCUCGUUGAAAUAAACAUUUAUACAUGCAAACUACCGGGUUCUUUAUGUACAUUUCAAAUCGCCCACGAGUAAAAAUUGCCGAAGUCUCGACGAGCGUAAUGUUACAAAUGCCAAAUAACCACAAGAGCUAGCUUUUCAGUAGAAGAUACACUACAACGGGCUUUUUUUUCUCAAAUCCUACCAUUACAUUAAGCCAGAUAAAAUCUGAGUCGGUUCAAUAGCGCAAUGGACAAUAAUUCUGAGAACAUCAGAUUUUUUGCACCUAUUUUUCCUUAUUAGUGAAAAACGCAUUGGGUUAUGUAUGGUUUAGUCUACCGAUCUUGUUUACAGAGAGCCGCAGCUCGCCUACCAAAUUAUCAGUUUUGUCUGAUUUCAUGUUAGUUUUUUUUUUUUUUU